AUGCCCACCGUUCUCUUAUAUAGCUCUAUUAUGCUCCGCCGCCUUUUCAGCACGCACCCGCACCUCCCGUUCAGCAACACCCUCUUCAGCAUGGUUAAAGACAAAUCCACGGUGAUCUCCGAAUUCAACGACCUAGUCAACAUGACCCCCGCCGCGCUGGAGCAGUGGCUGCACACGUCCGCCUCGACGGGCGCAGGCUGGCAUAAGGACGGCGACGGCGACGGCGAGACGGUCGGGCACGAGAGGCAAGUCCCCAAGUGCGGCCGCCACAUCGUCGACAUCCUUCAGCGCAACCCCUCCAGAGACCCCAGCAAAUAUGGCGAAGACGAUAUCGCGCAUAUGCGGAAGGUAGUGUCCUACUGCAAGCGGCACCUUGCGCAGGAAGAGGCCGCAAAGCAGAAUACCGAGAGCAAGAGCUACAAGUCGCUCAAGAACUGGGGACAUGAUGCACAGCUCGAGUGA